AUGACAUCUGCAAAAACAUUAUUGAGAUGCAGCCAGUGUAGCAAGGAGUUCAAAUAUGAUAGUGAGAGAAAAAGGCAUGAACAGAGUCACAUACCGCAAUUUGCGUGUAAAGUUUGCAGCAAAACUUUCAGUUUCAUAUCCGCCCUUCGGAGGCAUGAAAAACAGCAUGAGCGUACAGGCAAAGCAACAUGUGACUUAUGCGACAAAGCUUUCAAGGACCAUGUUCUACUUAAACGUCAUGUCAAAUAUGCUCAUGAAGGAUUACAUACUUGUUCAAAAUGCGACAGUGUGUUUAACAGUGAACCAGCAUUACGUACACACUUGAGAACACACAAGGCGGAAUCUGAGAGGCGGUACCAAUGUAGCUUUGAAGGAUGCAGCAAGAAAUUUAAUUUCGCACAUCAUUUAAAACAUCACGAGUUAACACAUACAAAUACUAAGCAGUAUUUUUGUAAAAUAUGUGCUAAAGGUUUCAUUCAAUCACAUCAUUUGAAGACGCACCUCAAAACUCACAGCGUUGACUAUUCAUUACAUUGUACUUUUCCGCAUUGCAAUAAAAAAUUCGCCACUGAGUAUGCGAAGAAAAGACAUGAGGCUAAACAUGAUGUUAAAAUGGACAGUGGGAUAUCCUCGGACUCCAAUUCUGCAGCCGACACCUCAAUACCCACCAUUUUGAAGGAUACCGAUGUGAAUGAUUCUAUUCAGUUGCAUAAAUUGAAUUUGGAAUCCCAAAGCACAGACUCUUCAUCAUAUACCUUUGCUGAUUCUUAUAAUAAACUUGCCAACGAGUAUGUAGAGGAAAAUUACUCGCAAAAAUAUAAUGAGAACAUAUCGCCAUUAGAAGAAAUGAUCUCCAAAACAGAAAGGGAAGACCAUAAUAUGUUGAUAGAUUACAAUAAAUUCAUAGAACAUAUACCUGAGGACUUAUCAAUAAAAAAUAAUAACAAUAAUGAAAGCUCUGAAAAAUAUUCACUAAGAAUUAGAAAAAGUGAAAUGAAUGACUGUAAAUCAGCCGUAGGUGGCUGUAUUAUGAAAGAACAAAAUGAAAAUUGUGUGUGUGCACAAAUCAGUGAUACUAUUAAUGAUGAUUAUGAUUUUACACCAAUUGGAACGGCUUUGAAACUGACUGACAGCAACUUAAACAGUAACGAUACCAGAAGAAGUAAGUGUUGUGGUAGUAAUCGCAGUAUAACAAAUGAUGAAAUGCCUGAAUUUGAAUUUAAAAUUGAUGGAACGGUGAAAAUUAAAGAAUUUAUAGAUAUCGAUAUAGCUACGGAGUAUGGUUUGAAAAGUGAUAACAAGAUUAAAUGUGAUGUUAACUCAGUGCCUUACAAUAGCUGUAAAGCUAUUUUGGGCAAUUGUAUUGUAAGUGGCAAUGGAACGAUCGGCGAUGGAUGCCUAUGUGCUAAAAUGAUUAUUGAUGACCAAGUAACGGCUGAAGAGAUAGAAGAUAUAACUCCGUAUCCUAAUAGUAGGCUUGUGAUUUAG